CAAUAGAAAUAGCAACAAUAGCACCUCACUCCCACCGAGGCUGCAGUUCUUCAUCGCCUGCUAUCACCUGACCAUGUCGGAGUCGCUUACUCCUCUCGAUGUCAUCGCAUCCCCGCCUCCCCCUGCUCCCUCCGCCGACUUGCAUCAUCGCGCGCGGGUCACCCAACACGAUGAUGCUACCUUUCCCGUCGACGCGCGCACUACAGGUGACACCGACAGCUCGUUGCGGGCACUAAUAUCAGAAAACCAUGGGGAUCACAGCACCAGCAGCGGCAGCGGCAGCGGCUGCGGCAGCGGCGGCGGGGCGGGGGCAUGGACGGCGUUCCGAAAGGAUCUGGUGGUGGUGGGUUUGGCGUUCCUACUGCUCUUCGCGGCGUACAGCGCCAUGCAGAACCUCGAGACCUCGCUGCACCCCACCGCCGGCAUGGGCGCCGCGUCGCUCGCCGUGAUCUACGGCGGCAUCGUCGUUUUCGCGCCGCUCGCGCCCGCCGUGAUCCGCUAUCUGCGGCCGCGCGCCGCCAUGCUGGUGGGCAUGUCGGGGUACUGCGCCUACAUCGCCGCCAACGCCGUCGACUCCAGCUGGGUGCUGCUGCUGUCCGCGGCCUACCUGGGCGCAUGCGCGUCCGUGCUGUGGGUGGCGCAGGGGCUGUACUGCGUGAUGGUAGCGCGGGGGCACGCCGCCGCCACAGGCGUGGCGGAGCAGGCAGCGAUUGCGGAGUUCAGCGGGAUCUUCUGGGGGAUCUUCGCCGCCAACCAGGUGGUGGGCAACGCCGUCACCUUCCUCGUGUGCCAGCUCAUGGCUCUCAUCCACCCCUCCCCUGCUCUCCCUGCUGCUACCGCUGCUCCCACUGCUGCUGAUCCAGAGGGCCUGCCCCCCGCUACAGUCACGGUGCUGAUAGUCACGUUCCUGGUGUUCCUGGCCCUGGCCGCUGCUCUCACGUGCCUGCUGCGGGACCUGUCCGAGGACCACCCGCUCUGCGCCCCCACGCCUCGUUGCCUCGAGGGGGGUACAGGAGCGGAGGAGAGGAGGGAGGGCACAGGGGGGGUGGGUGCGGGGGCGGGCAGCAGGCCGCGAGGGGGCCGCAGUGCGUGGGAGCUGAUGGGCGACCGGCGCCUGCAGCUGCUGCUGCCGCUGCUGCUCUACAUUGGCCUGCAGUCCGCCUUUGUCGCAGCCGACUUCACACUGUACGUGGUGCGGCCAGCGCUAGGAGUGGCGUGGAUAGGCGGGGCCAUGUCGGUGUUCGGCGUCGCCAACAGCCUGGCGUGCAUGGCGGCGGCGCGCUUCUCCUCGGGGCUGCCGUCCAUCCUGGCCACGCUGCUCAUUGGCGCCGCCUGCCAGGUCGCCGUGCUGCUCUCGCUGCUGCUCCUAGGCGCCAUCACCGCCACCCCCUGGCUGGCGUUCUCCCUGGUGCUGCUGCAGGCGGUGCUGUGGGGGGUGGGGGACGCCGCCUUCCAGUCGCAGAUCAACGCCCUGCUGCCCCUCGUCUUCCCUAGCGACAUGGACGCAUCGUUUGCGCACAUGAAGAUGUGGACCAGCGCCGCCUCCUCCCUCAUGUUCCUCCUCAGCCCGCUGCUCUCGCUGCCCGCCAAGGCGGCCCUCCUCACCCUCUCCUGUGUGGUAUCCCUGCCUCUCAUGCUGGCUGGAGUGCAUGUGCCGUAGAGCCGUUCUACUAGAACCAGGCUCAGGUCAGUACAGCUUGCGACUCUAGCAAUUCCUUCGCAGCCACCAGGCUAUGGGUGGCAGGGUGGCUUUUCGGGUGGGGAGCAUUGGUAAUGGUACAACCA